GACCCUGCCGGCGUUGCUACGUCCACGAGUACUCCUGCCAUGGUCAUGCGCAUGCUGGUCUUGGUCUCUAUUAUUGGCAUGGACCAUAUUGUGGUGGACCGAGGGCAUCGAUUCUCCGGUGGCCGCGUGGAGGCAUGAUUUUGGUUUCGCCAGGCUGGCGCUUCUCAAGGUGGUCUUGGUGGCGCAGGUGGACCUGGAGGGCGUGGAGGCGAACCUGAUGGUCCUCCUGGCGGUGGCGGUGACGGAUUUGAUGAUCGUGAUGGACAUCAUCGAGGUUCUGGACUGCGCCGUCGAGGGCAUCGCGAUAGUCCUGAAGGUGGUGAUCCCUGGAGUGGAGGCCGUGACCCAUAGUCAACAUGGGGCCAGGUGGCGAAGGUACCGCGUCGACAUGGUGAUGGAGCCGCUCUUCCCGUGGUUCCCUCGUUCCCUUUCGUGUUCAAUCGGGAUGCGUGCGAGUUUUUUCCUCCGUGCUAUCGUGUAGGUGAUGCGGGCGUCGCUGAUGAUCAUCUUGGAGGUGACUUUCUCUGUCUUCCUGUGGAGGCUGGGUUCGAUGUUCAAGAUGGUGACCCUCUUCUUCAUGAUGGCGUUCGUUCCGAUGUCGUUCGUUCCGAUCUUCCUCAUGACGUUCCUCCUGGUGACGUUCGUGCCGACCUUCUUCCCGAUGCGGACCCUCAUGCUAAUGUCGUUUUGCUUCCAGGUUACGGCCGGGCAGACUAUCUUCCAGAUGCAGAGGAUGCUGGCGAUGUUCAGACGGGUGCCGUUUUAUUUUCCUCUGCCUGUUGACGUUCGUGCCAAUCUUCUUGAUGACGUUCCUACUGAAGGCGUCCCUCCUGCUGGCGUUCUUCAUGAUGACGUUCGUGCCGAUCGUCCUCAUGAUCUUCCCCUCUGAUGGCGUUCGUGCCGAUGUUUUCCUGAUGCUGACCUUCAUGCUAAUGUCGUUAUGCUCCCAGGUGACGGUCGGGCAGGUCAUCUUCCAGAUGCAUGUCGUGCAGCUUCUCCUAUUGUGGACUGUCGUGUCGAUCUUCAUCCCGAUAUCGAUCAUGCCACCGAUCUUCUUCCCGAGGACUCACGCCG